UUUCCACUAAAUUUUCUUUUAUACUUUUAACUUUCUAACGUUUUAAAUUUAUUAUAAUAUUUAAUGUGCAUAAGAUAUUUAUAAAUAAUAUCUUUAUCAUGAUUAUCUUAUGAAUAUAGUAUUCACACUUGUAUUUGUUCUUGCCACAAACCUAUGUAAAAGCUGGAUUCUUCACAACCCGUUAAUUUUAAAUAACUAUUAUUUUAACACCAAAGGCAUUGGGCCAUUGUAUGCCAAAAAGAAGGUUGGUCGAGUGCUGGUAACUCUCGAAUGUAGCAUAUCACGCAAGCUUGGAGUUCCUCCUUCAAGAUAUUAUACAACUAAGAAUAAAGUCAACACACCUCAGAGGCUUGAACUCAUGAAAUAUAACAAAUACUUAAGGAAACACACACUUCACAAAGAAAUACGUUAAUUUCAACUAAUUUUUUAUAUUUAUUAA